AUGUGUCUCUAUUGUGCCUUGGGUGAGAUUUUAAUGGCUCGGUGUAAUGAAAUAUAUUAUGCGGCAUAUAAUAAUAAAUGGUAUUCCGUGGAUCCAAAAAUUGCGAAAGAUUUGUUGUUUCUAUUGAUAAGAAAUACUAAACCAGUCUAUCUUACCGCUGGAAAAGUGUUUCCGAUGACAAUGGCAACAUUUUGCGGUUUAAUGAAAACGUCAGCUGGUUAUAUAUCUGUUUUGCAUACAACAAAGGGUUAA